AUGGAAGUUGAAUCUGUAAAAGAAAACAGUAUUCUUCGCAGUUUCACAAUUUUCAACAUCAUUCCUCCUAAGAAAGAAGGAGCAAAACCGAAGAUAUACUGGUAUUACUCAAAAGAAGAACGAACUGAAGAAGAGAAAUUAAAUGAAGUUGGUUUAAUCAUUACAUUUGCAGGAUUUUGUCGUAAAUUUAAACCUGAGAACGAAUGUGAUUAUAUGUUCACAAACAAACAAGAAAUUGGCAUAUAUCGAUUAUAUGGUGAUAUUUUUAUGUCUGUUUCUAUUGAAUCACAUGCUCCAUUCAACAGGUUCUUACUUCAGUCCAUUCUAAGGCACUGCAAAUUAAUGUUUUCUCACUUUUGGGUUCCACUUCCAGAUAUAAUUUUGGAAGGUGAAAAUCCGCCAUCGGAAGAAAUGAUCGAAUCCCAAAUAGACUAUGCCUUCCAAUGCAUUAUUUCUUCAAUCAAUUGGUCGCAUCUCGAUUUCUCAUACAUUUUUAACUCCUUUACUCGUCAGCAGAUUACAGGAGAUUUUCAUGCACUUAAGCGAAUGUGUGCUCAACUCCUUUUACGACACAGAAAAAUUUUCUCUGAUAUAUGUAUUUUGUAUCGAAAGCAUAGGGUUAUUCAUUCUACAUUCACCGCAACAGUUACUCAAGCUCUUGCUUUCGGAAUGCGAAAGCGCUUUGGUCAUCUCUUCCUUCACAAUCCUCGUGCAGAUAGAGACGCCUUAACCUGGAUUAUUGGCUGCUAUACAGACACGAAUGGAAUCAACUCACUAUAUCAGCCAGUUAUCUAUAUUGGAGGCGUUCCUCAUCUCUUAGUUGCUUUCAAACUCCAUAAUUACAAAAUAGUUUUAACACUCGAUCCAGAAAUUACAAUCGAUGAGAAGAUACUUCGUGAAAUACCACACCACUUACGGUCAAUUUGCGAUUACCUCCGAAAUAAUACAGCUGUUAAGCCAAUUACAGAAGUCCCUGUUCCUUUCGCACUUGCCAUGGAUGACCAGCAAGAAAUGUCCUUCGAUUGCUGUCAAAUCGAUGCAAAAAGCCGUCAAGCAGUUGAUGAAAAUUUCAUCAGAGGCCAUCAAGCAGCGAUGUAUACAGAUACAAUUGCUUCUGUCGGAUUCCCUGGAGUACAGGAAUACUUCAUUACUGUAAUAAGAGGUGCAAGAAAAGCAGAAAAGGUCGUAACUUGCAAGAGUCCAAGUAUUACACUAUCUGAGCAGUUGAAGAUAUGCAACAGAAUCAUUGUGCUCAAGGAACAAAAUAGGAUCCUUCCAACAAAAUCGUCUUGCUCGAUUCAAUAA